AUGGCCGAUCUGAGAAGACCCCAAGGCCAGGGCGGCGGCAUCGACGCCCUGUUCGCCGACCUCGGCACGGUCCAGCCGCUGCCCGAUGCGAAGGAUUGGGAUGACGAGGACAUCGACGUGGACGACAUGACUGACGAUGGCGACGACGACGAGGCCGGUGGCGGCGCGCCAGCGAACGGCGCGCCCUCCGCCCGCGCACCGGCGGCGCAGCCGCCGCAGGCGCGGAACGCGGCGCCUGCGCCCGCGCCCGCGCCGGCGGCACAGUAUGUGCCGCCGCCAAACCUCACGCCCGAAGAGGCUCGCCGCGAGGAGCAGCGGGCGCGGCAGGAGGCGCUGGGCCUGGCUUACCUUGACUUGGCUGAGGGGGGGCGCGGCGAGGACGUGAUGAUGCUGAGCGAGGUGUUUGGCUACAUGAAGAAGUACCUCGAGGUGGGGCGGGAGGCGGACGGGGGCCGGAUGAGGGGCGGAUGA